AUCUAAGAAAGUAGGCGAUGCAUGUUUUAGCCAAUUCGAGGCAUAAUUCCCUUACAAGUCCAUAUGCUAGAUGGUAAUUGGCUACUAUCGAAAACCUUCUGUUACUCUCGUCCCGCGACCUUUAAGACAAGAUACAAAGCCUGUUUAAGACAUGUAUGAUGCAAUCAGCCUUAUGGCCAAGCCCCACAGCCGGCCCGGGCCGGUUGACUCCUCCGAGAUCUCCGUGACCAACGGCACAGCUGAACUUCAUUAAAUAAAUGCCUUUGCAUAAGGCGAUAAGAGAAUUAGAGGCUUGAUACGCGAUAUACAGUGCAUCGGCUCCUUUAUUCAGUGGGAUGAACUGCUAUGCAUUGAUGCCUCAAGCAGACGGUGCUAGUGAGAUUUUGUCUCAUUGCUGCGUCAACGGAGAUCAAGAUGCAGUGUUUGACAUGGGGGUGCUGUUCUGCUCAGCUUAUGCCGAAAAACCCUCUCCGAUUGGUGAUACGGCAGUGUGCUCCUCCCUAAGAGACGGCCGUAAUGCCGCACAUAACCUGCGAUGGCUCGUAUUUGAUCCAACGCCGAUGAAGCUAAGACCCAGCCAGAUCCGAUCCCCCCUGAUUACUCAUCCACCGCCGCACACUCUGGCUCCCGUAAUGCUCCGCGCUGCGAGACCGGAUGCCGGCGUUAAAUCUCCAUUUGUCAGGUUAAACGACAACUUAUUCAUCAGCAGAGGUUGCUCGGCGUCCCAAACGGGCUACCAAGACGCACAACCUCGCGUUUUGAUUCAGGCAGUCCGGCGGCGAGUCCGGUGCACGCUGUGCCGGUUUGAGUUUUGGGAAGGAGCUCGCCGGCGCGUCAGGUGAUCGGCACCAGCAACGCUGAUGGCCAAAACCCGUCCGGCAUUUGUCUGACUGCAUCGCCACAUAGACGCCCAUUGUCGACUUCUUGGCAUCUGGAUCUGCGCCGCCAAUUGUGCCUGGUUUGCACGGCCAGACACGCCAAUCCACUCAGGCACCCAGCUGUGGCUUAAUUUUAUUUUGCAACUGAGACGGCCUGGCACUGCGACAGGGGAGCGGGGAUCUAACUGCAUGAGACGCGGGGCAGUGCUUGGGCUUAGACCCCCCAUUGUCUGCGAGCCAAGCCCAGGGAUCCUUUUUGUGCG